GGCUUCAGUUCUAAUUGCUGGUUGCUAUUUAACAACCUGUUGUUUUUUGUCUUUCAAUCUCCCAUCUGAUUCCGUUGGUUCUCUUCCUCGUGCUUCUUGAACUUUGGCUCUCUUUCUCCAUGAUCUAAAGUUUAGUGUUGAUGGUGACCGGGUGGUUUGUGGUGGUGAAGAGAGUAGACAAAGGAAGGGGAAUGGGUCACCAUGAAGAACAUAGAUCAGCAAUCAAAAUUCGAAACCCACAUAUCAAAUUCAAAAACCCACCUUCGAAUUCAAUUCGAUUACCUUCUAGCUUGGAAACUGCAGAGGAUUUGAAAAUUGUACGAUGGAUUCUUUAUCGUAGAGUCGGUCCGAGCUUCCUCCCUUCCUUGCAUCCAAAAUCUAAAUUACCACCCAUUUAACUACCCCUAGAGAUUAUAGGGGUAGUUUCUUGUAGUUUUGAAUGGGAAAUAGCAGAAGUACAUGUGGAGCAAUUGACGAUUGAUAUUAGACUAGGGGUUGUUUUCUGCGGUUCCCGAUGGAGUAGCAGCAGAAGCACAAAGCUGAAGUAAACAUAAAACGUCUUC